UCAGCGUCCACUGGUGGCACUGUUACCAUGGAAAUCCCUAUCGUAGGACCUGCCACAGUGGAGGGAGCAGAGCGUGUUCAGCACCAUGGACAGCAUCGAGCAGCUUUACAGCACAGAAACUAUCGCAUGCUGAUCGUCAUCGGAGAGAUUUCCACCAGCCAUCACCUUGAUGCUGCCAGGAAACAGAUCACACAGGGUUUGCGCUCGUGGAACGUCGAUCUGACGCUUUGUGACCUGAACAAGGAGCUGCAGCUGUUUGAGGCCAGACACACCGCUCAGUUUUCUUCACAGGUCAAAGGCCAGCGGAUUCUCCAGUAUCAGAGUGACGUCCUCGAGACAGUAGUGCUGGUGAACCCAUCAGAGGAGACUGCUGCCUCAGAGAUUCGAUCACUGAUCACCGACUUUGCUGGGAAUAAGUUGCUGAUACUGUGCGGCCAGAGCUCUGAGCAGGGAGGUGACAUCUUACUGCAAAGUGGAGCCUUCACCUGGCAGAACUUCUCUGACAUAAUCUCCAACCCUCAAGUAACUGAACUUCUGUCCAAGGCCUCUUCAGAGCAGCCGUCCAGGCUUACUGUUUCCUGUCAGGGAGACGGGGGCUGGAGCUCCCUGGGCCAAAGCCAGGAGCAGCAGUCACUUCAAAAUAUUUUGGAAUACCGCCUCAACCCUGAACCUAACCUCCCCGACAUGGACGGAGUCACAGAGUUCACCGAGUAUGUCUCAGAGACAGUGGAUGUUCCAUCAUCCUUUGACCUUCUGGAGCCCCCGACCUCAGGAGGUUUUCUGAAGCUUUCUAAACCCUGCUGCUACAUCUUCCCUGGAGGCAGGGGAGACUCUGCUCUGUUUGCGGUCAACGGAUUUAACAUCCUGGUGGAUGGUGGGUCAGAUCGAAAGUCUUGCUUCUGGAAGCUGGUUCGCCACCUCGACAGGAUUGACUCUGUUCUGCUUACCCACAUCGGUGCAGACAACCUCCCUGGCAUCAAUGGGUUGUUCCAGAGAAAGAUUGCAGAACAAGAAGAGCAGCGUAACCAGGGAUCUGGCUCCAGCAGCAAUGGUGAAUUUAUGAAGAACCUUAUCUCUCCCGACUUGGGGAUUGUGUUUUUUAAUGUCCCAGAGAAGCUUCGGAUGCCUGAGUCCACGCUGAGAGUGAAGCGAAGCAUUGAGGAAGCAUCUCUUACAUUGCAAUACCUCAACAAGCUUGGUAUCACGCCAGAGCCUCUUCACAGGGUAGUCAGCAACACCCUUGAACCCAUCACACUAUUCCAUAAACUUGGUGUUGGAAAGUUAGACUUGUAUGUCUUAAACCCUGUUAAAGAGAGCAAAGAGAUGCAGUUUCUAAUGCAGAAAUGGGCUGGAAACAGCAAAGCCAAGACAGGGAUUACGAUGGCCAAUGGAAAAGAAGGAGAAAUAUCUGUCCCGUAUUUGACAUCAGUUACCGCUCUCAUUGUUUGGAUUCCUCACCGUCCAACAGAAAAGAUAGUCAGGGUGCUCUUCCCUGGAAAUGCACCACAGAAUAAAAUCUUUGAAGGCCUUGAAAAACUGAAACACCUGGACUUCCUGCGAUACCCAGUAGCUACCCAAAAAGAUAUAUCAUCAGGUGCACCUCCUCCUAUCAUCAAGCAGACCAAAAUGAGAUCAAGAACUGACAGCAAGGAAAGUCUCAAGUCUUCACCGAAACCACACUCUAAAACCACAAAGAAAGAAGCCAGUGGGCAGGAGGGAGAGUCCAAGAGUGACAUUAAUACAGAGAAUAAAGUGGAAAAGACAGAAGAGAAGAAACCCAAAAGUCCAAGUCUAAAAGCCACCAAACAACAGAAAAACAGUGAGUUUGCUCCUGUUGCAGGCAACUUGGAGAAAAAGAAAGUAUCAAAGGAAAAAACGUCAAAGAACGAGAAAGCUUCCAAGAUGGAUGAAAAGAAAGACAAAGAGAAAAAGGAAGUUAAGAAGGAGAAACGUGAAGUAAAGAAAGAUGAAAAUAAAAAGGAAGUCAAAAAAGAAAGCAAAUUCAAGGAAGACAAAAAGAAGGAUCCAAGUAAACCAGAGCUGAGAAAAAUCACUAAACCUGACCUAAAGCCACUCACCCCUGAAGUGAGAAAAACUCUGCAUAAGGCGAAGACUCAGGUUAAGCCAAAGACAGACAAAAAUAAAGCAGUUAAAGAGAAAGCUAAUGAGAAAAAGCCAGUCCCAAAAAACAUUCCUGACGAGAUCGCAGCAGCAGCUUUGGCUGACAGAUCUAUUGUGUCUUCCCCAGAGGACCUCACUGAGGACUUUGAGGCUCUGAAAAAGGAAGAGCGGUCCAAAGUCAAGUCUGAGCCGAUCCAGAAUGAUGUGAUGUUUGGGCACUCAUUGUACGGAGAUACUAAAGUUCCUUCCUUAGUUUUUACUGAAGAUAAAGUCACAUCCCAAGCCACUGAGAUCAAAUCUGCUUCACCCAAAUCCCCUGUCAAAAAAGAUGAAGACAACAAGGACAAGGACACAUCAGUACAGAUUAAAGCGACUGAGAAGAAGGAAGCAGGCAGUGGGUAUGCCAAGAAGUUUGAAGAGGACCAAAUUGGGAAAUAUGACGAAUAUGACAGCUCAAGAGACAGAUCAAAGAAGAGUGACAGCUCAGAGGAGGAGGGUGAUGUCAUUGAAAAAGCUGACCUUGAAGGAACAGAAGAUGAUGAGGUCCUCAAAUAUAAAACAGAAGAGGCGAAAAAGGAAAAAUCUGUCAAGGAUUGGGACACCAAGCCAACUGAGACAAAACCUUUAUCAACCACAGCCCUAUGUGGACAAGUAACAGCCUCCGUCUCGGAGCAAUUCUCCUUAAUCCAAGACGAGACCAUCCCCGGCUACUCCGAAACUGAACAGACCAUCUCUGAUGAGGAGAUUCAUGAAGAACCAGAUGAUAGGAUCCCACAGCUGCGUUAUGAUGUGGGGUCCUAUGACGUCUCUGUCCCUGACGUCCCUGGUACCUUUGACUCCAUGCAUGGUAUGAAAGAGAUGAAGUUCUCCGCCCUGUCUGAUGUCAAACCUAAAGCCUUCCUGGGUGGUCACGAGCAUGAGCUUGCACCUUACCCUGCCAUCAUUGCUGCUCCUCUUGCAGAAGAAGAGCACAUCUCCUCUGCAACAUCCAUCACAGAAUAUGACAAAUUGUCAUCCUUUGCUACGUCCGUAGCUGAGGACCAGUCGAUAGCCUCUGUGACAGCACCUCAGAACGAGGAGGCUGGGAGGAACUCUCUCCUGCUGGACACAAUGAACAGUAUCCCCUCACGCGCUGAGGCCGCCCAUGGCAAAGAUUAUCUCCACUCAGCAGGAACCAUCUCACCCACCUCCUCUCUGGAGGACGACAAGUGCUUUAAGUCUCCUUCCUCUGAUGAAUACCAGCCCAACAUUCCUGAAAUGGAAACUGAUGCGAAGAUCAAAUCAGUCCAUGAAGAGGAAGAUGAUGAGGAGGACGAGGAUGAGGACCAGACUCCAAACGUUGACAUCCCUUUGGGUAAACUGCAAGAGGGCUAUGAACAUGCAGCUUUCAAGAUGCUCCAGGAGAAGGAGAAAUCUCCCUCUGCCACUUUUUCUCCUCCUCCCCCUCCCUUCUUUACCAUGCAGUACUCUACCACACAGGCUGUGAAAGAUGACCAGUCCCUUUCUAAAGGAUUUAAGACUGGGGAAGAUAUUAAGCCUGUUUCACCUCCUCUAUCUUUCUCCCCUAGGUUAGAUUUAGAGUCCCACUCCAGGCAGGAGAGUGAGGAAAGAUGUUUGAGUCCAGAUGACUCUACCAUGAAGCUGGCUUCACCCACACAGUCUGUGCCUACAAGCAGUGGCUACUCUCCGACCGAAGAUAAAUCUUUUAAGACACAAGAAAAAUAUGUUAAAACUGACACCCAGAAAUCACCCAUUAUCUCAGCUGGUGACAAGACAGUGUCAGCAUCUGAAGAGUCUGAAGAUUCUGAAGAAUCACCUGAAGACAAUGAGGAGGAAGAUGACUUUUUCGCCAAAAAUAAUCUACAGCCCGCUGUUAAGGCCAAGAUUAUGGAGGCAAAAGAAGGGUGCUUCUUGGACGACGACUUCGCCUCUGAGGCAAAAUCUGCAAAGACAGAAACUGAAGUCAAGACGUCGGACAAGACACAGGUGGCAUUCAGCACAGAGGUGAAACCCAAACCUCAAGUGAUGUACUCUGAUGAAGGUGAGGAUGACAAUGAUGAUGAUAUCCCAAGUAGGAUAGGACCAAAUAAGCCCUUACCAGCAGAUCAAAGCAAAGUAGACUUAAAAAAUGAAGGUACAGAGAAAACUGAUUCUAAAGAUUCUGAGAAAAAUGUUCAUUUCAGUCUCUCCAACUUUCCAGAGAAGGAGAGCAAAGAAAAGGCAAUAUAUAUAAGACAGGACACGCCCUAUGUGCAUGGCAAAACAUUCUCUUACGGUGACAUUUACGGCUCAGUGGACUCUGAUUCAUAUAACCAGGAUUCCUUAGAUAAAGUUGACAAGGACACGGCACAGAGUGAAAUAGAUGCCAAUAAACCCCAAGCGCCAUCACCUACGGACAAGAUGUCAGAGAAGGGGGGAUUCACCGAUUCUUGGGGAAAGGAUUCCUCCCCUUCGUGGCUCGACUCCAAGAGUACUUCUGCUAAACCUCCAUUUGAAGAGGUAAAAGGAAAGGCGACCUUUGAAUACAACACAGGAAGCCGAUUCCCUUCAGUGGCUGAUAGACCCGAGGCCUCGUCCACUUCUCUAUCAUCAGAAAAAGACGCCUCUUUUAAAAGCCAGACUGACGGCACAAAGCCCCAGACGUACUCCUCAAGGACAGCGUUUGAAACUGACAAACCUGCCGCCACAGGUUACGGUGAGAAAGGAGCAGGCUUGGAGAUUGAUAUGCGAAAAAUAACUGCAAGGGAUGAGGAGGACUAUGAUGAUGAUGAAGUUGCAGAUGAAUACGACGAGGAAGACGAAGACGAAGAGGACGAGGAGGACGAAGACGAAUGUGCUGUCGAUUCUGAUAUGGAGAAAGGUGCCAAAGAGAGGUCUGAAAAGGAGGUAAAGAGUCCAGUCAGUGAAAUGUUUGGCUCAAAUAGGCCUGAAUGUAUGGUUUCUAUGGCGGGGUACGGUUAUAACAGCCAGGGGAAGACUGAAAAUGAGGUAAAGAGUCCAGUCAGUGAAAUGUUUGGCUCAAAUAGGCCUGAAUUUAUGGUUUCUAUGGCGGGGUACGGUUAUAACAGCCAGGGGAAGACUGAAAAUGAGGUAAAGAGUCCAGUCAGUGAAAUGUUUGGCUCAAAUAGGCCUGAAUUUAUGGUUUCUAUGGCUGGGUACGGUUAUAACAGCCAGGGGAAGCCGAGCAGCCCCCCUUCAAUUAAGAAGGCUGAACACGAGGCUCAGAUUGACUCCUCAUCCAGUGGAAAGCCAAUGGAUUUAGGAGCUACAGGUUUCUCUGGCUCCUCCUCAGGGUUUGAGUACUCAUAUGGAAAAGUUGAGAAAGACUCAUUUUUAUCAAGUCACACAGACAAAGGUAAAGAGGAUCUCACGUUGAAAUCAGCAGAGGACAUUUAUUACCAGAGUGACAGGGCUGAUCCCGAUUUUGAGAAACAGAAAACACCAGACCUUCUGAGCAAGAAAUCACUGGACUCAAACUUCCAGUACACAACUGGCCCUGGGUACUCUUCUUCUUCGGCCUACAGCUACUCCUCCUCCACCUCAGGCUCCCUUUCCACCAGCCGCCAGUUCGGAGAGGAGCUGGAGACUCCUGCCGAGCCUCUUUUUGAGUACUCCUCUUUUAAAGAUGAACACUCACUUGCCAUGGAUUCUCCAUUGUCUGGCUCCACUGGUGCUAAAGACGACUAUCUAGAAGUUUCUGAAAGACACAUCACAGCUACAACCACGGCUGAGUCCACCCGUUUCUCACCUCGCAGCCCAUUUGAGGAGGUCAAAUCUUUCCCCUCACAUUCGUCCACUGCUUUUGCAGGGGACAAGAAGGAGCAUACCGCUUCUUUAGGUGGCGUUAUGGAAGGGCCUCAAUCUGACUGUUUCUAUAAGCCGGAAUGGUCUCAAGGGUCGAAGCCAGACACAGCUGUUGGGUUCAAGGCCUCUGCAGGACCGUUUGCUCAACCUGCAGAGCUAUCAAAGGACAAAGAGGCAGCCAGUGCUGCUCUUUUUGGUGUCACUUCCUCACCACGUCCAGACAUAGAAGGCAAGCAUUACUUUGAGGAGACGGACAGCAGUGAAGAAGAAGAAGAAGAUGAGGACGCGUACAUGCGCGAGAUGACUCGAAAGUCACCUUCUAGUGGCCCGGCUGGUGGCCUCUCAUUUACAGACAAGCCUGUUCUUUCAGCUGCAAGUGAAAAGACAGCUGGUGCAAUCCCUGAGGUUCUUGGGUCCUACAUGCCCUCACCCUUCCAAGUCAGCAAGCCAGACACAACAAACGGACCCACAGAGGUCAGCUUGAGCACCACCCUACCUGCUGGAGCGGAAUCCAGUGGUGCAUCUUCAGGAUCUGCUAAGGUGGAACCCAAAGUUGGAGCUGCAGCUUACAAGAGCUCUUUUGAGUGGGAGAUGUCACAGCCCCAGAUGGGAAUGGUGCCCGGAGACUCCCCUCCCCAUUACCGUGAUGAAGAUGAGUUUGAAGAGGAGUGUGAGAUGGAGCCAGAGCACCCUGUUCGCCCACUGUCACUCUCUUCAACUGAUCAGCCGUUUCACUCUCCGUUCUACGCUGAAGAGUGCAGCCGAGGAGGCCAGGAUGACGACGAUGAGGACAGCGAUGAGGACCUUGCUGGCGAUGUGCCCAUGGGAGCCACCUCCUCCUAUACCAGCCGCAGCUCCCCCGGAUAUUCUUCCUCCGAGUACAGGCAGGCAAAACAUGACCUCUCACCUUCCUUCAUCAACCCAUGCAUGCGUCACGUAUCCAGCGAUGAGGAUGAUGAGGAGCAUGGCCGCAGAAGUGACCAAUCGCAGGAGGCCGAUGAGAAUGAUUUGUCGGUCAAGAGUCGGGCUCACAAACAGCCGUCACACAGCAGGGAGAGCAGCUCCCUGCACCAAGCUGGUGGCAUGUCAGCAGGGCUGGGUCUGGCCACAGAGGACACACCACCAACCUCUGUCAGCGAGUCUUCAGCCUCUCAGUCAGACUCUGAUGGGCCUCCGGGCACUGAGGAAUACCCCACAGUCGCCGGAGGGAACAUGGACUCUGAUGAAGAUGCAGACUAUAUGCCUGUUGAUAAAUUAUCGGCCACAGGAGGGGGCAGCCAUCAUUCCUCUAGGAGGACUGACCCUCCUCCUGCUCCCGUCAUGGACCCAUGCCCUCACCCCCCACGUCCAGACGUUUGCAUGGUUGAUCCUGACACUUUGGAUUAUGGCUUGGUUAAAAAAGAGCCAAAAGUCAAGAGCUUGAAAAAGACUUCGGGUAAAACCAAGUCAGCAUCCCCGGCCAGGCGCAAGAAGUCUCCCAUGCCAGUCAAACAGACGGCAUCCCCUCGUACCGCCUCACUGAAGAAGAAGGAGUCAGACAAAAGCUCACGUAUGUCCCGUCUGUCUGACGGACAGGGCUCCAAAGAGGAUGACCUCUCCAGGUCGAGCUACAACCCUGGCAAGAGCCUGACUAACGGUGUCAAGAGCAGUUCAGGCUCUCAGAAGUCCGGCUCUGCAGCUGCUUCUGGCCUUCCUAUUUAUGUGGACUUGGCCUACAUUCCAAACCACUGCAGUGCCAAGAAUGUGGACCAAGAGUUUUUCAAACGCAUUCGCUCUGCGUACUAUGUGGUCAGCGGGAACGAUACAGCAAGUGGUGAACCAAGCCGGGGAGUCCUCGAUGCACUGCUUGAUGGCAAAGCUCAGUGGGGUUCAAACCUCCAGGUCACGCUGAUCCCCACCCAUGACACAGAGGUGACCCGUGACUGGUACCAGCAGACUCAUGAGAGGCAGCAGGAACUCAACAUCAUGGUCCUGGCCUCCAGCAGCACCGUUGUUAUGCAGGACGAGUCUUUCCCCGCCUGCAAGAUCGAGUUUUAAGACCCUCGUUUCCCCCUCUCCCUCCUCCUGGCCUCCCCAGUGUAGAUCUGGUUUUAAUUGCUCUUCUCUAUAGCCUGAUAUGCAACUCUGCCUCUGCUUUGGGCACUUAACCAAAAGCAGAAACAGACCUGGAUAACUGUCUAUGUUUUUCUAGAUUUGUAUUUAUUUAUAAGCUUGUUGUGGCUAUCAGCAUUUGUAUUACAAAGGUAGUUUUCUGACUGUGUCCUCCACUACAAUAUUAUUAUUUCUCAGGCCUAUGAAUGGGAGAGUUUUUUUCUGUUCCUUUACAUAUCUUUUUACCAAACCCUGUGAGACAAUGACGUCUUUAUUGGCUCAGAAAAAAUGCCCAUUGUAUUGUAAAAAGAAAAUCAUAUAGGAAACAACGUAAAUUAACAAUCGGUUGCUUGUCUUCUAAUUGGCCUAAACGAAAGCACAAGUUUACACACCUUAAAAGCCAGCAACAAAAUCGAGUGCAUCGUGGACAAAACGUCGAUCCUUUCUCAAUGUGAUCAAUUGAAUCGAAAGUCAUUAUUACAGGCUACUUGUGAUUAGCUUUCCCUAACUUUAUUCUAUAUUCCCGUUCAACUUUCUUCUAAAACAAUGGCAGUCCCAGUGUUGAACUUUGUGCCUCCUGACAUAGUGCGAUAGAACACGUUCAAUCUGUCUUUUGAGCAUAUUAGCCGUAGCGUAGGAAAAAGUAUAUUAAAAAAUCUGUCUUGUAGUGAUAUUUCUACGGUAAACUCAAAGUGAAAAUCAAUCUUUAAAGUACGAUUUUCUCGGUGGCUGUUAUUUGUUACGCUAGAUCUGGAGAAAAACAUUUCUCUCUAUAAUUGUUUCCGUAGUCUUUGGUGUAUUCUUUCAGUGUAUUUCCAGUUAACACGUUGUUGCAGAGGAUCAUGAGGAGAACUGAAGGCAGAUGCGGUGAAACGAGUACAAAUUCAUCAUCCUGAGUUUUGGAUUCUGCCCGUUUAUCUCUUAACAUAUAAAACAGUGCUCAAGCUUAGAGGAAGGUUGACAAACCUUAUACAGUAUCUGUUGCUGCGCCUCAAAGAUCUUUAAAGCUGUGUUAAAUAACGUAGAAUGUAUUCCACUACAACAUUAGGAACAUGUGGUUGCGAGGAGAGAUUGUGUUUGCCUGGUGAACAAAGGUGGUCGGUUUGCUUGAUAGUUAGAGGUUGGACUGUCACCCACAUGUGCCUUUCUGUCCUGCUUUGCUGGAAAGGGGAAAUGAAAUGUGGUUUUUCGUCGUAUAAAUUUAGCUGGUCUCCUCUGUUGUCGGUGAGAACAUCAUUGCACAAAACAAGGUCAAGAGUUGUACAUAUUGAGCAUAAAAUGGCACUUUUAAGAUCACCGCCACGGUGCGUUUUAGAUUUCCUGGAGCUGCCACUCGAAAAAGCACAACCAGUAACCAGUGUGCAAAACUUUAAGCAAUCUUAAAUUAAGCAACACAUAACAGCAUUUGCAAAGAAAAAAUUGGCAGUUUUAGUUUUUUUCUGGUUACUUUUAAUUAUCGUAGAAAAGUUUGCUAAAUUACUUUUUAAGAAAAUAAAAUUGUCAACAUUUAACUAGUGAUUUGUUGUUCUUCCGGUGGCAAAUCAGUGGAUGUUUUUAAGUUACACUUAAUUAACUUAUUAUAUAUAUAAAUAUAGGUGCUUUUAUUUGAUAUUGAUGAUUUUAAAUUUUGAUAGGUUUUAAGUAUUUUUUAACAAAUCUUAACUACCCAACAAAACUCAAGGACCAACACGCAUCACCAGGGUUGCUCUUUUAUGAUCCACAUUACAGAUCAGAUAUUCCCCUGUAUGAUAUUUUAUCCCCUCGGUGCAUGGACACAGAAGCAUGUACAUAAAGGCGAUAGCUCUUAAACAAGCAGGGGGCCUGCCGGACCUCAGCGGCUCCAGUCGAUUUGAAUGUGAAGAUGCAGAUUUACCUUUACGUUCUCCGUGGAGGACUUUGAUCUCCUGGCUGCCUUGGUUACUGUGCAUCAUGUGGUACAUCUGACUCAUCGCUCACGCCGGGCGGCAACAACCGAACUGUUGUAGCCUGUAAUACAUCUGGACUUUGUGUAGGGCAAAAACCUGUUUAUUUAGAUGACACACAUUAUGAUUUUCUGUCCUAAAUGAUAAAAUAAGAAAUACUCAGUGCUGAUUUAAAAAGGUCCAUUAACAGCGUCUUUGAUAAAAGAGGGUCAAUGCAUUCCUGUUUAAUACUGCAUCACUGUAAAGGUUAAUAAUAACAAACGAACACUACUCAUAUGAGCAGACACUCAAAACCCAAACUGCCAGACACUCAUAUCAAUACAUUUAUACCUAUAAAGGAUUUCCUAUUACUCACACCUUUUUCCAGACAAUGCUUAAAAAACACUCACAGCUGCAUUUUCGUAUCGUGCAACAAAAAAUAAGAAAAUAUAAAUAUCUGUGGGCAUUCAAACUUGUUUGCCGUGAAACAAAUCAUCAUAAAGACUUGGAUUUCAGUGAGCCCUGCUUGUACGUGCAUGUGUAACUUUUGAGUUCUCCUGUAAUGUAAUAGCUGAUGAAAAAAUGCGACUUACCAUAGAAAUGCUAUUUUAAAAGAUGUAUAUUAAAGAAGUUAAGCUGUGUGGAACUAAGGAGGCACAUGUAACCCUGGCUGUGCAGAAAAGAAAGCAUCGUGAUCGUUUAUUUUUCUCCUUUCUGCUUCAUCUCUUGUUUUAAGUGCAAUAUUAUCUUUAUCUUUAAAUGCUUAAAAAAAAUUAAAUAGAAAAACUGAUUUAUUGUUGAAAAGGGAAAAAGUGUGGUGAAGACCAAUAAAAACAUCAUUUACUGAAGAAAAA